AUGGCCUUCUCGCCAUUUGUUUGUGAUAAAGGCUUUAAUUUCUGCUCACCGCAUUUGCCUGAACCCCGUCAGUCAACAGCUGGUGCAGCAUCCCUGAGUCAGAGCGAUCUUGGUACCGGCGUAAAAACUCUCGAUGAGGAACCUGGUUGCCUGGGCCCAGCUGAAGAGCCCCUCCGGAGCGUGCCAGGAGCUCGACCACUUGCCUUAGAGACAGUUGGGGCAAGUUUAAUCGAGUCAGGCCUGCUUGGAACGCGGACAAUGGAAUCAUAUGAAGCAGUUGUUGCCUCGGAAUAUUCGGCAGCCCAAGUGUCUGUAAGUUCACAACAGAACGCAUUAAAACAGUGGCCAUUAUCAUGUUCAGAGUUGGGAGGCAGCAAAGGGUGA